CUUCCUUCUGCCAGCUCGAACCUAGCGAGGUUCGAUCGUUCUCCGCGGGCGAAAGGACUUCGCGAUGAAAAUAAACGGAACACACUUCAAAAAUGAAUACAACCGAGAAGAAGCUUGCGGACCUGAUACGCAAACACCCGAAUCUGUACGACCAAUCGCGGAGGGACUACAAGGACAACCUGAAGGGUCACUUGUCGUGGAGGGACAUCGCGGACAGCAUGGGGAAGUCUGAGGAGGAGGUGAAGCUCAAGUGGAAAAAUCUACGCGACAAGUUCUGCAAGGCGAAGAAGCGAAUCGCCAAGAGAAACGCGCCUCUGCUGCCGACGGACGAGGAGAACCCGCUGAAGAGGCCCGUCCCGGUGCUGUACAACCAGCUGGCCUGGCUCAACGGCUACGUCAAACCCAAAGUGGAGGUCGGCGCGGGGGAAGCCGACGAGGUAGCUGGAAGUGGUGAUGACGUGGAGAAAGAGCCAGAUAAAGACGAGAAGGAGCAGCAUUGUCCCCUGCCUGCCGUUACUACCAGCUUUGCUCUUGUCGAGUCCUGUCCAAACAACCACGAGGAGAUGGGAGUCUCUCUUAAACGUAAAAGGCAAUCAACCACAGAUGCUGCCAUGAGCUCUGCAGAUGCCCUAACCAACCUCAGGGAUGAAGAUGAACUGUUUCUCCUCAGCCUUUUGCCUUCAUUGAAAAGGCUAACCAUUAAAAAAAGAAUGGAGGUACGGAUGAAAUUCCAGCAAGUGCUUUAUGCUGCAGAGUUUGACGGCUAAAUGGCUCAGUAUGAUCCAUUAAAAAUACUGAAAGUGAUGGUAGGGCUUGAUAUAGUAUGAAUAUGAUUUUUCAAGCAUUAAACUGUAAAUAAUUGUGUCAUCAUUAUGACUUUUAAAUAUUUAUUUUUGGACCACCACUGCUGUAGAUCACUAUUAUUUAAUGUUGUAACAGGAGUUUAAUUUCUUGGUUUGAAAACAUAAAACAAGAGUGUACACAGAGUAGUUACUUAACUUGGUACACAUUCACACUGAAAUGUAAUUCAACCAGAUAUACCAGCUACCUAAUAACUCCCCACCUUUCGAAGCUCAUAAUGUUAAUUUAAGUUCACAACGGGAUGAAUAUUUCGUCCAAACUCAUGUAUCUUUAAGCUGGUAAAUAUAUGUGUGUAAGUGUAGACUCUGCACAUGCUGCGGUCAGAGUCUGCAGCAUGGACCACCUGUUAAACUAGGAUACCGUUAUAAGGAAAGUUCUGAAAAUGAAUUUGGUUGAUAAACCUUUCUAUUGAAAAAUAUCUGUACAUUUAACGACGGCACGCACAAAUGCCAGAAAGAACUAAACUCUUUGAAUGUGGGUAAACGCACACAUUGCCAUUUAUAUGAUAAGAAGAAAAAAAUAGGACAGAAUUUUAAAAUAACUUUAAAUAGAAAUACAGCUAUUUUCUUUAUUUCAGCAACAAAUUGGGGCCUUUACGGAACAAUAAAUUCCAUCCAAGUUAAUUCUGUGGUUCUGCUUGUCAACACUCUUUUACACUUUUCAUUUGAUUUUCCUGGAUUAAAGACAUUUCUCUGACAGUACAUAAAUAUAUCUCCAUCUUUCUGGAAGGAGUGAUUUAUACUGCACAUAUUUUUUACAAAUAAAUAUUUUCCUACAAUGUUUUUGUUUCCUGUUAUUUUUUCUACA